GGCGAGAACAGCCCCGGCUGCUGCUGCGGCUGCCACUCGAGUUAUUUCUUCUGGGCUCAGCGGCAGCCUGCAGAGCUCUGCAAAGGGGAGUGGUUUCUUCGCUCCCUCCCUCCCAAGGGGGCGGGGGAGUCCUGCCCCAGCCCCAGCGAUGGGGGCAGGACCAGCCCGGGGCCGGUUUAAUUGAAAGCAAACCGCGGAGACUCCACGCGAGGCGAGAGCGCUGGCAGAAUGCCCCGGGCUGGCGCCCCCGCUCCCAGCUGUCAGUGAAGGAGCGAAGCUUCCCGCGGCCGGGAUGUUCAGCUGGCACAAGAGCUUCACCCUGGGAGCUCCCUGGAGACAAGCAGGCAAGAAGAACCCACCAUCCAAGGGCAAGGUAGUGCUGACCAACAUGAAGAUACUGAGCAAUGAAGAGAGUCAAACCCAGGGGUUGACAGGAGAGCCACCUGCAGCCAUGGACUUUGCAGCGGAAUCCAGGCUUCCCAAAGUCGACAUCCCAUUAGAAUGCCAGGGAAAUCUGGGCACAAGAGACAUCUCUUCAAAACCAGACUAUGUGGCCACCCUGUCUGACCUCAGCACCUUAGAGUCCAAGUGCCAGCUUCACAGAUUCUCCAAAUUUGAAUCAGAGGAUUCUGGGGUUGAAUUGCCAAGUGGAGCCAAUUCUCCAUCUACACCAACAGGCUCCGAGAAGAGCUUUGUGCUUCACACCAGAGACUCGUCUUGUGACUCCGGAGUGCUCAGCAUCUCUUCUUCUCCGGGAAUUGACCAUGUCAUAAUGAGAAAGUGUAAAGACAUCAGAGAAACCAGCCAGUGUGCUUCAGACAGUGAAAAGCAAGUUGAAUAUUACAGCCAGGCAGCAGAUGUGGUGCAGAUCCCUACAGCUUCCCUGGAAGAUUUCAGUGACUGUCAGGAGGGAGAAAGUCCUAAUAAACUUUUUGGCCAAAGUGAAGGACAAUAUUUGGAAGAGAAACCCAGGAAAGAGAUAGACCUUUCCAUUAAAGACACUCCUCCAGCUGCUGCCCACAUAGAAGAGCAAAGGCCAAUCAGCAACCGUUACAAAGAGACCUUUGGGAGGAUGCAAGAACUUCAGCUCCAUGGACAUCAGCUCAAAAAAUAUCCCACAAGCGACAGCCUGGAUGAGUACAUGGAUGAGUGCUGUCGAUUAAGUGAGGUGAACCAAGGGAACACCAAGGCUCUUGGCUCUGGCCUGGGGUAUCUGGAACACAUCUGUCAGCUGAUAGAGAAAAUCGGGCAGCUGCAGGAGCACAAUCUGCGACUCCAAAAGCAAGUGUGCAGUUUGCAGAAGGAGCAGAAGAUGAGCCAGAUAAAGGAGGAGUAUUUUCUGCAGCACUGUUCCUGUGGAGCUGCCAGCAUCUUGCUCAACUCGUACCAGGAGGUGAAGACAUUUUUUACUGGGAGGAGCAGACCACACAGUCUCUUGGUUCAGAGUGGAAACCAGUCCGACCUUUCAAUCAUCCCAGAAAGAGGAAGUGACACACACCUGGAAUCAGGAGAUAGACAGCUGGUGCUGGGGCUCAGGAAGACCUGGAGUAAAAGGAGCAAUGAGGAGAAUGACCUCAGAGAUGCCUAUAAUCUGACUGAUGGCCGAGCUUUCCUGCUAAAGGACCCAACUACGAAAAAGAGGGCUGACCUCGGUAAGAGUAUCCCAGAUGAAAGCCACGCUUGGGGCAGAAUGAGGGAUCUCAUGAAGAAGACCAGGCUGAGGAACCAGAGCAAGUUGGGACUGUCAUCGGCAGCUCUGAAGAGGUCCUGCCCACAGCUCUACAGGCCAGAGGUUAAGACUUCGGAUCGAAGGAAGAUGGAGAGGAACUCCAUGAUUGUUCUGGGGCAAAGCACAAAGAAUGAAAACAUCUGGCCUUUCUGAGCAUCUGAAUCCAAUGGACCAAGGUCUGUGAUGGAAAAGCAAUUGACUGUAAGGGAGAAGAGUGCCUCCCUUUCUGUUCUCCCCCAUGAGCUGCUACAUUCCACGGCCUACAUUCUUGUUUCAGAGGUAAAUGAACUGGGGCGCUGCUGGACAUGAAAUUGAAAACCACGAGGCUACAUUGCGCAGACCAAGCUCUACAGCAGGAUCAGCAUCAAGGCAGCAGGGAGGGAGGAGAGAUAAAAGAAAGAUUUGCUGAAGGGCAGGGUGCUCAGCUGUACUAGAGUUUACUCUUGACAUGAAUGUAAAAGUGAACUUAAAACAAUGCUAUAUACCGGGAAUAUAGUUACCAUCUCAGCAAUAAUAACCAAGCAGAUUUGAUACAAUUUCAUAAACAAGCUACCUUAAGUCCUCCUGCUUGUGAAGUAUUAUUGAUCUCCUGGGCUUUAUUCAGCAGAAAGAGGCUAAACCCUCAUAGAACACCAGUACUUUAAGGAAAAACAAAGAUUGGGAGACUACAUGUAGUAGACACUGCUGGGUGUGGGCAGCAGUGCAAGACUUAAGGGAUUUUUUUAUAUCUCCACGUGUGGGUAUUACUAACAAGUCUGCACAUUUUAAAGGUCUCCACCCAGCAGUGAUUGGCUGGGGAGUUUUACUGAGGUCCCAUGCAAUGUCCAGCUCAAUCAAAGCCACCAGCCAAGAUUUUCUAAAGCUGGAUUUGUAAGUGCAAGGUUAGGUGCCAGUCUUGUGCGUGUGACCCCCUUUGCCAGUCUGGAGCUUCACUGACCUCAAUAGAUCCAGGGCCGGCUCCAGGCACCAGCCCACCAAGCAUGUGCUUGGGGCGGCACCUGGAGGGGGGCGGCGCGGCGUGGCGCGGCACUCCAGCCCGAGAUCGGGGCUGUGACUGGACUCGCCGCCCUCCCCGCGGCGCUUCGGCCGCCGGGGAGAGCAGAGCCGCAGCGGGCUCGCCACCCUCCCCCGGCGCUCUGGCCGGUCGG